AUGGUUUCUAUACAGCAACACAAUAGGUUGUCUACUUCACAAUUAGCGUCUACCGUCAUACCAAAUACCCCUCUGUCAAUUAUUAUUGCUGAAUCAAAGCAGAUCAAAUUGGCCUAUAUUAUUCAUGAUUACUCUUCAUAUUCAGGUGUUUAUUUUCCUUAUAAUAUCCUUGAUAAUGAACCUACAGAUCAAACGUCAAGAUGGUCAAGUGCAGUACAUAAUUACGAACAGUAUAUUAUAGUAAAAUUUGAAGAACCAGUGAUUGCAAAAACUAUUCUUUUCGGUAAAUUUCAUAAAGGACAUGUAUGCAAUCUUAAGGAGUUUAGAAUAUAUGGUGGGAUGGAACCUAAUAGUAUCUGUACUGAAUUAUUACAUGAUGGUUUAAAGAAUAAUGCAGAACCAGAGACCUUUCCAUUAAAAUAUCAGCAUAAUAAUUUGGUAUUUCCAAUUAAAUACCUUAAAAUAGUUCCAUUAUCAGCCUUUGGACCUAAUUUUAACUAUAGUAUUUGGUACAUUGAAAUCCAGGGUAUACGUGAUGAGUUCAUCAUUCAAAGAACCUGCUCAGAAUAUGAAAAUUUUAUAGAAAUUGAAACAACACGCCUAUGUCUAAAGUAUUUACGACAAAAAAAUAUGAUGGAUGCAUUUCACAUCGUAAAAGCUAGAACAAAUAUAGAGUUAGAGGAUCCAAUGAUAACAGCUUUACAUCGUCAUCUUGUGAUUGAAACUAAUUACAAAGCAGCCGAAAAAGUAGUAUUACAUGCCUAUAAACAAAAUAAUAUGUUUGAGCAUUAUGCAAAAGAAUCAGAAUAUAAACCGAAAUGGAGAAAGCUAAAUCCUACUUCCACAAAUUGUAAUGAAUUGCCUUCUGCAAGAGGUGGACAUCAAAUGUGUAUUGAUAUUAAAGAUAAAAAAAUAUAUCUCUUUGGGGGUUGGAAUGGAACUCAAGAUUUAUCUGAUUUUUGGUAUUACGAUAUUAGACAGAAUCAAUGGCAUCUUAUAAGUAUGAAUACAGAAAAUCAGGGAGGGCCUAGUCCUCGUUCUUGUCAUAAAAUUUGCUUUGAUUCAGUUAGUAAAUCAAUCUACGUCCUAGGACGUUAUGUUGAAUCAGAAGAUAUAACUGAUCAAGAGCUUCAUUCUGAUUUUUAUCAAUAUCAUAUAGAAAAUGAUAAAUGGAUUAAAAUUCAUGAUAAUACAGCAAAUGAAGGUGGCCCAGAAUUGCUAUUUGAUCAUCAAAUGUGCAUAGAUACUGAAAAGCAGAUUUUAUACGUAUUUGGUGGUAGAAUUGUUACUAAAAAUCCAAAUAGUUUAAAUUAUGGAGGUUUAUAUGCAUAUAGUCUAGAGUUGAACCGCUGGUUAACUUUGAGGGAUGACGAUAGAGAGGUUAAUAAUCAUAACAAUUCCCUUAAUCAGACAGGACUACCUAAAUCAAGAAUUGGACAUUCAAUGCUAUUCGAUCAGGUGAAUGGACAGCUUUAUAUAUUUGCAGGGCAAAGGGAAAGAGAAUACUUGACAGAUCUUUAUAGAUAUUCAACACAUGAUAAUACAACUACUGAAAUUAUUCAAGACUUUUAUAAAAGCACAGGCUCAGCUCUCGGCUUUACGCAAAGAGCUACUUUAGAUGAAGACCUUCAAGAGAUCUAUGUUUUAUCAGGUUAUACACGCAAUGCAACACAUGAUCUAAUUCGAUAUGAGUUUUCAGUGUAUUCCAUUCAACAAAAUGAAUGGAAAAAGCUCUACCAGAAGGAGAGUCAUCAUGGAGAACGUAUGGAUUACGACAGUCUAAUUGAACCCUGUCCACGAUUUGCUCAUCAAAUGGUUUAUGAUUCACUAACAAAACGACAUUAUAUUUUCGGUGGGAAUCCAGGAGGAGAAAAUCAUCCUAGUCAACGAUUAGAUGAUUUUUGGGAACUUCGGCUUAUAAAGGAUAAUCCAAUUUCUAUAUUAAGAAAAAGUCUUUUCAUGAUUCGUAUGCAAAAAUUAAAAGAAUUAUGUAACUAUGUUGUAACUUCAGAUACGUUAGCAGCAUUAGACUAUUUAAGAAACUACAUUGUUCCUGUUGUAAAUGAAGAUGAUGUAUCAGACUUGAAAGAGUUUCGUCAAAUGUGUACAAAUUUAUGUUUAUUAGAAGCAAUGAUAGAAGACAACGACGAAGAUAUCAAGGAUAUAUUUAUGAAAUCUCAAGAUAUGUUGCAUGCAGAAAGAACUAAACUAUUUGAGAAAUUACUAAUAUACAUUCCUCAACAGAUGAAAGAGCCUUUAGGGAAGUUAACAGAUGUUAUUAAAUUAAUAUAA